GCCAUUACGUUAUGCUCUUUUCUACACAUCCACAAGGAUGAUAGAAAGAGAAGACGUAAUGGAGUGUUCCUGAGCGUCCUUGCGAUGAAAAUCACUUUAGUAUUCGACAGUAUUCGAGGAAAGGAGUUGCAAUGAAGGCGGGGGCCUCCUCUAUGUGGGCAUCAUGUUGCGGGCUGCUGAACGAGGUGAUGGGCACAGGGGCGGUCCGCACCCAGCAGCCGGGCUUUGGAACCGGAGCCGGGCCGUUCCGCUUCGCCCCCAGUGCUGGUUACUCCACCUACCCACCCAGCAGCACCACCUCAGGAAGCGCAGGCCUGGCGUGCAAAGCCUGCGGACUGGCCUUCUCCGUGUUCAGACGAAAGCACGUUUGCUCAGACUGCAAGAAGAGCUUCUGCUCGCUGUGUUCUGUGCUGCAGGAGAACCUGCGGCGCUGCUCCACCUGCCACCUGCUGUGGGGCACGGCCUUCCAGCGGCCCAUGUUAAUGAGACUCCGCGUUAAAGACCUGCGGCAGUACCUCACGCUGCGAAACAUCAACACGGACACCUGCAGGGAGAAAGAGGACCUGGUGGACCUGGUGCUCUGCCAUCUGGGUGCCGAGCUGGAGAUGGGGGAGGAUGAGGAGGAGGAGGAAGAGGAGGCGGAAGUGGAUACGGACAGUCUGCCCUCACUUCCGCGCUCGCUCUCCACGCCGCCCGCCUCCGCAGCACGAUCCUCCUCCCAGCAGUCGGCGCUGUCUGUCGCCGUGUCUCAGGGAGAGGCUCUCAGUCGCAGCGAUAGCUCAGGGACAACCAAUCAGGACCAUGGAGAUGCUACAUCAGUUUCCCUCCUCAACCUGGAGCCUCACGACGACAUACUGGAGGCAAGCCCAGCGACGCAGAGGCGAGCACGUGCCUCCCUCUCGGAUCUGUCCCGCGAGGAUGAGAUCAAGAGCCUGACAGUGCGGCAGCUGAAGGAGAUUCUCGCCCGCAAUUUCGUCAACUAUUCAGGCUGCUGUGAGAAAUGGGAGCUGGUGGAGCGCGUCCAUCGUCUCUACAGAGAGAACCAACUCAACCGAAGAUCGAUGGAAAAUGUUAGCAACAGCCUAGCUGCAGUCAUAGCUUACCCUCCUCCUAUAUGCAAUGGAGGUAUUGGAGAUGGUGUGCAAGUAGCUCAGCUGGGUGGCGUUGAUGAGAACCUGUGCCGUAUCUGCAUGGAUGCCGUGAUAGACUGCGUUCUGCUGGAGUGCGGUCACAUGGUCACCUGCACCAAGUGCGGCAAGAGGAUGAGCGAGUGCCCCAUCUGCAGGCAGUACGUGGUGCGGGCGGUGCACGUCUUCAAGUCUUAACGGGUGAGCUUCACCUCUACUGGAUAACCAACACACCAGAUGCUUCCUGCUGGAUCGAGCAGGCUGGGGCCAUGACCGGACCAAUGAACUGCCCCUUUAGAUUCAAAGUGGUGGAGACCUGUACUGCGCACACCUUCUUUACAGAGCGAGCAUUUCCUGCUGCCCAUUUUUAUUUGGUCAUUCAUUGACACGUUUGAAAUCAUUUCAGCGGUUACUGACCCAGGGAAGAUUUAGAGGAAUAACGUAUAAAAAUAUGGAAGUUUAAGUGGUUUACAGUACAUUCCUGUAAACUUUUUGGAAAUGCUUUAUUGUAUGUGCAAUAUUAGAAAUCUUUACAUGUGCGUGUAGAGAAACCGAUUGCCAUUAAGAUGCAUGUUGUCGUAGCAGCAGUUAAGACCAUUGGCGUGAAGGGGGAACGUACUGUAGGUGCCAAAGUAGAAAUGUGCAGAAUGGCUUCUGGAUUAUAUUAUUAAUAAGCGUGUUAUUUUCAUGUAUUAAAUCAGCUAUUGCCAUACCACAAAUCACCAUCCAUAACACCGGAUCAAAUGACCAGCUAGCAGAAGGGUUAUUUAUAGCAAGAUUAUAGAAACUGUAUCGUAUUUUUUCACAGAGUCACUGGAAUCCAGCAUCUGCCGCUAUGUAGCUUAUUACUGGAACCUCAAUAACUUUUUUUAAUCAAAUUUUGCAGUAUCUGUCGAAC